CUUGCGAUAAUUUUGUAGCCCCUCCCCCCUUUGAUUUGACACUUUUUUCGGUAGUGUAGCGUCCCAUUCCUCCCUCUCCCUAACAAACCUUGUUUCAGUUGUGUAGUGUCCCGUCCCUCCAUCACUCUCCUAAACCCCCCGCCGCCACUGAGCCACCUACCUCCCCACUCCACCUCUGGGCCGCCCCUUUCUCACUGUUACUGUUUGCAUAUACUAACCAUGUGAUCGCCGUGAUUUGCUAUCAUAGCAAUCACAUGACCUCCCUGGGCUCUGACUGACCCCGGAGACAAUGCCUCAUUUGCGAGGCAAUUUCCGGGGCUCAAACCACAGGCAUAACAUUACGUCCCUUAAGACCCUUUUUUGUGAGGUAAUGGUACGUCUAUUUGGCUUAAGGGGUUAAGUGUCCAGUAUUCUUGUGAAGAUUUAACUGGACAGCAUGCAAAAUAUUGAACUGUCCAGUUGAAUACCGGACACAUGGCAACCCUAGUCCUGGAUGAAUAAGAAAUUGGAGUUGACAAGUAAAAAAUGUGUCUCUUUCUUAUCUUUAACAUUGUGUGGACUAGUAUCUUUUACCCCUGGUGUAGUAACUCCCCCCCCCCGACUAGGAAACGACAGUGAUAUUUUCCACCUCUGUGCACAUAUAUUUGCAGAAUACCAGCUCUAGUAUUUCUAUUGGCCCCCUCUCUCAUAUUGUGAGCUUGGGGUUAUUUCUUUCCUUUGCUAUCUUCCCUGCCAUUCCACACAUUUGUUCCCUGCUCUGUUCAUUCUUACAUACACAUUGUCUCUCCUCCCUGUUUGUCCUCCUUGCCCUCCUGUAACUCUGUGCAGUUCAUUCUUCUCUCUCUCUCUAUACAUUGUUUAUGUUCUUUGUCAUCUCCAUUAAAUCCUGUCUCACUCCUCUUCUCCUUGUACUUUCUUUCUUUGCAUCCUUUUCUAUUCCUGCAGCUCUUCUCUCUCUCCCCUCACUGCUUCUCUCUAUUCUUUCUCUCCUCCCUGCUGAUUCUAUUUAUUCUCUCUACUCCUUUGAAGUUCCCUUUUUAACUGGAGAGGUUGCUAAAUAUUGUUUUGCUGGGGGAGCUGUAGUUAUUACCAAUCUAAACUCCAAACUAGGACUUCUCUGUGUUCCCUGCUGACUGACAGUCAAAUACAGGAAUAUGCAUAACUGUUACAUAGAUGUUCAUUUAUAGCAGAGAUGGUCAAACACCUCAUUGUUACUUAUAACAAAUACUCACCUGCAUGCGCACACACAUAGCAUCUAAUGUAUCCAUACACACAGACAGUAGAACUCUCAUACAUAUGCCUAAUAAAUACAUACACACUACAUUAACCCUCUGUUGCCCCCCCCCCCCACACACACACACAUUUUGUGUCCGCUCUCUGACCUACAGACAUUAAUACUUUUAUACCCAGGCUGCCUCUCACACCGUGAUCAUUCUGUUAAUUUGACUGAUUGAAACCCAGCACUCAUCGUGAAACUAACAUGCUUGCUAUGCCCACACUCACUCACACAUUGUUCUCACCUUUCAUACAGGAACACAUGAACCGCUUUUGUUCCUGCACAGACAGCCAGUGACAGAGCUGUCACCUUCUGCUCUUACUGUAACUGGCUCUCACAGAGAGAGACACACACAUCACACAGGCAUACAUAGCUCUCACACUGAUAGCCACAGACACUUCUUUCUCACACUGCCACACACAGAACUUUGUCACAUUGACACAAACAUACACACAGACCUUACGCUGGUACAUAGACAGCUGUCCUGUCACACGUGUGCACACACACACUCACUGCUCUUUGUCACUCUAACAAACAUACACAGAUCUUCCUCUCACAAAUAAAGAAACACACCCUUCUCAUUCUUUCCCUGACACACACACACCUCACACUGGCAGGCAUGUUUAUUUGCUAGUCUGAAUUACUUCUACUUCCAGUGGAUUUGCCCUCAGCCUGUCUCUUCGGUGAAAAUCCUCUCUUCAAGACCAGCCCUGUAUUCUGCAAGCCCCUAUUUCCCCCACCUGACCAUCUUCUCUAUGGAUACUUUUUUCAAACGACACUUCAGGAGGAAGCCUGUGGCAGCACCCUUGGUGCCCUAUAACCCUUCAAUCCCAAGAAGAUGUAGUGUGGUCGUAACAACUGGCAAAGCUCGACGCCGUUCCAGUGCCGGACAGGCUUCAUCCUCCCUCUCCAUGCAACGUCGCUGCUCUGUAGCCCAAGUUCUCCCUCUCAGCGUUGGCACAGCUGCUUAUGCAGUAAGAAAAGAUUUGCAAGGACGUCGGAGGUCCAGUACUACCACCCCAGGGCUGAGCCCUCGGUUUGCUGUAAACAAACGAAGAGGUGGAAGGUUGCACUCUAUCGAUAAUCAGCUUUUGGGACCCUCCAUGUUGCUGGCAAGCUUGAUUUCAGUGAAGGGAGAGGAUGGGAAAAGAAUAGAGAGCUCAGAAGAUGAAGAGUUGGGAGACACCUCAGAGGAUGGAGACAACCUGGAAGAUCAGUGUUGCAGAGCUGGAGGUGUGAUGAGGAUUCCUGGAGAAAUCUUAGAAUCCCAUAGUUCCCCCGACGACUCUAAUCACCACACAUUAAAAGCCAUUGCUAAGUCAGGAGUCCAGCACUUGGCACUUUCUCCGAGCGUCCUCAACAAUGAUUCUGAGGCCCAUAUACAGAACACUGUCGACUGGAGUGAGACUGCUUUGUAUGGGGAUCAUUUGUGGUUUGAAACAAAUGUAUCUGGAGAUUUCUGUUAUGUAGGAGAACAAAACUGCAUGGCCAAAAUACAGCAGAAGUCAGCUUCCCGAAGAAAGUGUGCAGCAUGUAAGAUUGUGGUUCAUACACCAUGCAUCGAGCAACUUGAGAAGAUAAACUUCCGUUGCAAACCAUCAUUCCGUGAAUCUGGCUCUCGCAAUAUACGGGAGCCAGUAAUUGUUCGGCAUCACUGGGUACAUCGCAGGCGGCAGGCAGGAAAAUGCAGACAGUGUGGAAAGGGGUUCCAGCAAAAAUUUGCAUUCCACAGUAAAGAAAUUGUUGCAAUCAGCUGCUCUUGGUGCAAACUGGCUUACCACAACAAAGUGUCCUGCUUCAUGCUGCAUCGUAUAGAGGAGCCUUGUUCCCUUGGGGCGCAUGCUGCUGUUAUUGUGCCCCCCACAUGGAUCAUUCGGGUUCGCCGGCCACAGCAGAGCUCACUCAAAUCAAGCAAAAAGAAAAAGAGACCGUCCUUUAAAAGAAGACCAAGCAAGAAAGGAGUAGAGGAGCCUAAACUGCGCCCGUUCAUUAUCAGACCUGCACCCUGCCCCCUUAUGAAACCUGUACUUGUUUUUGUCAACCCCAAAAGUGGUGGUAACCAAGGUGUGAAGAUCCUCCAGUCUUUCAUGUGGUAUCUGAAUCCACGCCAGGUGUUUGAUCUCAGCCAGGGUGGGCCAAAGGAAGCCUUAGAAAUGUAUCGUAAAGUUCCAUCUUUGCGAAUCCUGGCAUGUGGUGGAGAUGGAACUGUGGGAUGGAUUCUAUCUGUUUUGGACCAGCUACAUCUUUUUCCACCUCCACCUGUUGCCAUCCUUCCUCUUGGGACUGGAAAUGACCUUGCCAGAACACUCAACUGGGGCGGUGGUUACACAGAUGAGCCGCUCUCUAAGAUCCUGAGUCAUGUGGAAGAGGGCGCAGUAGUCCAGCUGGAUAGAUGGAAUCUACAUGUGGAGAAAAACCCUGAGGCCUGUGAGGAGGACAGAGGAGACGGUGCCACAGAUAAGCUUCCCUUGGAUGUCUUCAAUAAUUAUUUCAGCCUGGGGUUUGAUGCUCGUGUCACUUUGGAAUUUCAUGAAUCUCGAGAGGCAAAUCCGGAAAAGUUUAACAGCCGUUUUCGUAAUAAGAUGUUCUAUGCAGGGACUGCUUUCUCUGAUUUCCUGACUGGCAGCUCACGUGAUCUGGCCAAACAUAUCAGCGUUGUGUGUGACGGCACAGACCUAACUGCUAAAAUUCAGGAGCUGAAGCUACAGUGUCUGGUGUUCCUUAACAUCCCCCGGUAUUGUGCUGGUACUAUGCCGUGGGGCAAUCCUGGAGAGCAUCAUGAUUUUGAACCUCAGCGACAUGAUGAUGGAUGUAUCGAAGUGAUUGGUUUCACCAUGGCCUCCCUGGCUGCUCUGCAAGUUGGAGGUCAUGGUGAACGACUGCACCAAUGCAGUGAGGUGCUUCUUCGUACAUAUAAGUCCAUUCCUGUGCAGGUAGAUGGAGAGCCUUGCAAAUUGGGACCUUCUGUGGUGAAGAUUAGUUUACGGAACCAGGCUGCCCUUAUACAGAAAACCAAGAGACGUACAUCUGUUCCACUCCUCAAUGAUCAGCAGCCAGUUCCUGAAAGACUGCGUCUACGUGUUAACCGCAUAUCCAUGCAUGACUACGAGGCACUGCACUACGACAAAGAAAAGCUGCGAGAGGCCUCUCUCCCGCUGGGAGUUAUUGUGGUUCCUGGAGACAGUGAUCUGGAGACUUGUCGCGCACAUAUUCAGCGACUACAAGAGGAUUUCCCAGCGUAUCCCACAAUUUUGCAGCACCUUGAUCUAAAGGAGGAUGGAACAUCAAAACCACCAACUGUCUCAUCACAAAAACUGUCUCCAAAGUGGUGCUUCUUAGACUCAACCACGGCAGACCGUUUUUACCGGAUCGACCGUGCACAGGAGCAUCUGAAUUUUGUACUGGAGAUCUGCCAGGAUGAGCUGUACGUUUUGGAUCCUGAGCUUAUUAUCACCCAGUCUGUUGGUACAUCCCCUGCCAUGCCAGACUCCAGGUGCCAGUCUAUCAGCCCCUCUACCCAACACUUCCAGUUUCCACAACCACCUCACUCUCCCCCAGAUUCUCCCGCACUCCCUGAGCUGCAGGAAGAACCUUUCCAAGGCAGGAUGGGCAGUGACAGCUCUGCAUCCAAACCAUCCGUCUUAAACCCACCAAGGGCAGAAACAGACCCCAAUGUCUCCCAGCUUGACAGAAUGUUAUUGGAUGCUGUGAAGAACAGUGAUUUUGAAAGGUUUCGGGAGGCACACCGUGCUGGGGGCAACUUGAUGUUGCAAGACGCUGAUGGGCGCACUGUCCUGCAUCAAGCAGUAAUGUCUGGGAGUAAAGAGAUUGUAAAGUAUAUAAUUGAGCAUGCACCCUCUGACCUUCUGGAUGUAGCAGAAUCUAAGAGUGGGGAAACAGGUUUGCACCUCGCCGCAUCUUUGCGUCAGCGCACAAUUUGUCAUUACAUAGUGGAGGCUGGAGCAUCACUAAUGAAAACGGACUUACAGGGUGAUACCCCAAAAAACCGAGCAGAGAAGGCCAAAGACCCAGAAUUGGCUGCAUAUCUGGAAAAUAGGCAGCACUACCAAAUGAUCCAGAGAGAAGAUCAGGAGACAGCGGUUUGACGAGACAGAGCAAUAGAGGAGAUAAUCUGCACAACACAAAGAGACUUGCACCUCCCUACACAAAAUCUUGGACUUCCCGAUCUUCUAACUGAAGGACUGCACUUUUUUCCUUUCCAGCUUCAAAGCCUUAUUACAAAUAGCAAUCCCAUCUCUGAGAAAAUACUUUAUCCUCUAUCUUAACUACUUAAUCCUCCAAUGGUCUCACUAGGGUAGAAAAUAAUAUAUUUGAAAUAACCCCUACAACCCUACCUUGUUGACCUUCUCACUGUGCAAUUCUCACAUUUUGUCAGCUUUAUUUUAUGUUUGUUUUGUGUCUGUCUAAUUUGCCUCCCGCAUACAUACACACCUCACCAAACCUGAAGCUGGGAACAGAUACCGAAUUUGCUUUUCAAGGUGCAGGAUUCGUUAUGUGCUUGUUCCUUUUACUCACAGAUCCCUCAGGCCGUUAAGCCUCUGUGCUGUUACUGUACAGGGGUUGAGUUUACAUUUUCUGAGUGAUCACAUUAUCCAGUUUUUGUUUGUAAUAGUUGCUGUUGAAUUUGCAGUGCAAAAAAACAUUUUCUAUCAGUCUCAUGAGGAUUGUGAUAUGUAGAUAUCGAUGUCUGUGUGUAUAUAUACAUAUGCACCUUUAACUCUGCACUUACACUGCAGAGAAGUCUCUUGAUUACAAUGUUUGCAUUUAACUCUCAUGUUCCUGUCUACUACUAUUAUUUGGGAUCUGUGAAUUAGUUGCAUUGAUAGCCACGAUCAUUUCCUAAUAGGAAUUUGGAAAGGAUGUUGAAAAUCAACUAAGGAUCUUUCCAGUCUUAUUCCUGAAAAGUGUUUUUUUUUCCUGGCAUUUAGAUGAUAAAUUGGUGAAUUUAGUAUCGACAACACAUUGGGUCAUGUUGACCAUCUUGGCAAGUUGAUAUUAAUUAUAACAAUGGUCCAUUUCAAUCAUCUUGUGCAAUCAAUUACUUGUGUUGCAGUUAUUCCUAUUUUUAUAUAAAGGUUUACAAUUCUUAUUACUGAGAUAGUUUGCUACAGUUGUACUUGUGGAUCUGUUUAUUUUAACUUAUUGCAUAUUUUUGUUAAAUUUCUUUUGACUUUUUAUAUUCCUUUUACCUUCUUUUUUUUUAUCUCUGAGCUUUCUCCGUUUAUGGUCAUCUAGAAACCUUGUUUUUAUCGGCUUUUAAAGAAAACAAACCCUAUUGCUCGACAAUCUAGACUUUUAUUCUUCUAUUUUAACUGUAGAGGUUAAUUGAACUCUGCCCUCAUCAUCAUUUCAAGUAACACUGCAGAGUGAUUUCUUGCCCCAGAGGGGUAUGUAAUGUGCUGGGCAGCUGUGUUUGCUGCUAUUGUGAAAGCAAUUUGUAAAGGUCAGCAUGUGUCCUUAAUAUGUGCAGCAAUGUAGCAUAGUAAGCAAUAUGCCUGCAGUAUGCAGAACUAAGUGCAUUUACAAAUGAUUUACUAUUUUGCAAGUGAUUUGCAUCUCUGACACACAUUGCAUUGAUGUCGUGUUGCAGGUGCAGUCGCUUACUUGUGCGAGGCACUGGACAGCUAUUUGUGGUUUUUUACGUAAAACCAAUUCAUCCAUUGGAUGCUACACAAGGAUGCAGCUCAAUUCUGUGCUAUAUUGUAGCUGUCUAAGGCAUCCAAGUUAAAGGAGCAUAAAACUCAAAAUUCAAAUGCACAUAAAUACAUUUCAGUUUAAAAAAAAAAAGGAUUUUGCAAUACAAUUAUUGAUUGUAUGUUAUUAAUGUGCACAAAGCAUAUAUGCAUAUGCCCCAUGCACCUGUAUUCACAGCCCUGCUCAGAGAGCAUAUAUAGCAUCACUUCCAAUAAAAUAUGCCACUGCCCGCUCUCUAACCUGUACAUUCAUAUGUGUUUCAUUUUUAAGAUUUAUGUUCCUUUAGCAACUUACCUGGCAGGAGUAAUUAUUAAUAAGGAUUUUGCUUCUAGUGUUUCUGUGGCGUGCCACUACUGCUGGGUGCACAGAAAGAGAGACCUUAAAGUAGGUUUCAUGUUAGGUAGAAUGAUUUGUGAAACAAAUGUUUGAGGUUAUCAGUAGUAUCAUGCUUUGGCACCUAGCACAUUUCUAGCAGGUAUGACUUCACUUGACCUUCUAGGUAGAUUUCUAGCUCUACCUGCUGAUUAGUAGAAGUUUUGCAAUGUUCUGAACUCGACUGAGAGCUAUAGUAUUAAUUUAGGUCCUCCAGCCCACUUGGUUGUCUGACUUAAGGAGACCUUAAAGUACACAGAGUGUUGCACACUGUUUUUAUUGUGGUGUUUUCGGUUUCUCAGGGUGCUCGGGGGAUAUGGACUGUCUGCCCCCCAUCCUUCCCUUGCUUUCCUCACAAAUCCCUGCCUGUGCAAUAUUUGGUUUCUGUAUCAGAACCCCUGAGUUGGACCUUUCUUUGUAUUGUUGUUGUUUGAUGUGAUAGGUUCGCUCUUAAAAUAUGUACACACUGUGUCUGCCACCCAUUGACUGUAGAGGUUAAUGGUGGAGCUAAAUUUACACUUCUAACACUUAAAUAUUGUUUUCUUGCCAUUUAAAUAAAAAAUAAUACAUUUUACUUUUA